CAUCUGUUUGAUGUUCUCUGUGAACUCAUCAUCAGUACAAGACUCAAACUCAUAAGUCACUAUCCGGUUGACUUGGUUCGCCAUGACAAGGGGAUUCCGGCUAGUAUGGUGAUACAACAUCUGUGAUACAAACCGACAGAAAACACCAACAGAAAAUUGACAUUUGACAUACCUGGAGGAUUCACUUCGAUUUGCUUUUGGUAAUGAGCUAUGAGGCCACAGCGGCUAUGUUGCCCAGCCGGAAGAAGAAACGUGUUCAACACAUCCACCCAUCAAUGGCUACAGAAAGUGUGAAUGAGGCAGCUCAAGCCAAAAACAGAUUGGCCAAGGAAAAAUCACCCUACUUGUUACAGCAUGCUUCCAACCCGGUUGACUGGUACCCCUGGAGCCAGGAGGCAUUUGACAAGGCUGUGUCAGAAGACAAGAUGAUUUUCCUGUCUGUCGGCUACUCCACAUGUCACUGGUGUCAUGUGAUGGAGCGUGAGUCAUUCGAGAAUGAAGAAAUCGGGAAAAUACUUAAUGAGAAUUAUGUGGCUAUCAAGGUAGACAGGGAGGAACGACCUGAUGUUGACAAAGUGUAUAUGACUUUUGUACAGGCCACUAGUGGGGGUGGAGGUUGGCCUAUGAGUGUGUGGAUGACCCCAGACAGAUGUCCUGUGAUAGGAGGCACCUACUUUCCACCAGAUGACCGAUACUUUGGCCGCCCAGGAUUCAAAACUUUACUGCUUCACAUUGAUCGACUGUGGAAGAAUAAACGUCAAGAAGUUAUGGAUCAAGGGAAUUCCAUACUGGAGGCACUUUCUCAAGUGAAGGUUGGCGUUAAGGAAGGGGAGGAGUUAGCACUGCCUGGGGUACAGGCAAUACACACCUGUUACAGCUUGCUGGACAAGUCUUACGAUGAUGAGCUUGGGGGAUUUGGAAAGGAAGCUCCAAAGUUUCCACAGCCAGUAAAUUUGAACUUCAUGUUACGUUACUACGCUAACAAUUCCUGUAAAGAGGAGGGUCAGAAAGCUCUAGAAGAAUCCCUUUAUACCUUAACCUGUAUGGCUAAGGGAGGCAUUUAUGACCAUGUGUCACAGGGAUUCCACAGAUACUCAACUGACAAGUUUUGGCACGUGCCUCACUUUGAAAAGAUGCUAUAUGACCAAGGUCAACUGCUCACCUGCUACAGUGAGGCCUAUCAGAUAACCAAAGAAGAAAGGUAUGCUGAGGUAGCCAGGAACAUUAUAGAGUAUGUUACAAGGGACCUCCAGAGCCCCGCAGGAGGAUUUUACAGUGCAGAGGAUGCAGACUCCUUACCCACAGAGGGAGCCACGGCAAAAAAGGAAGGGGCUUUCUGUGUGUGGACCCAGUCACAGGUAGACAGUCUGUUGGGGGAGGAGGUCAAAGGUCAUCCAGGUGUGACCUUGGCUAAUGUGUUCUGUCACCAUUAUGGAGUGAAACCUGAAGGAAACGUUGAUCCUUUCCAGGAUCCCCAUGAUGAAUUGACCAAUCAGAAUGUUCUGAUAGAACGAGGAUCAGUGGUUGACACUGCGAAGGAGUUUGGCCUGACAGAGGAUUUGACCCUAGCCCUCCUCAAUAAGGGGCGGCACCUGUUGUAUACUGCCAGACAAACUCGGCCUAGGCCUCAUCUCGACAACAAGAUGGUGGCUGCAUGGAAUGGUAUGAUGAUAUCUGGACUAGCCAAGGCCGGUCAGGCACUGGGAGAGGAACAGUACACACAACAGGCUGAGCGUGCAGCAGAGUUCCUGCGGCAGUACAUGUACAAGUCUGAUGUCCUCUUACGCACAACUUACUGUGGCCUUGAUGAGGAGAUACAGGCAGGACCUGUUGAUAUUGAGGGAUUCGCAGAUGAUUAUGCCCUAGUGAUAAAAGCCUUACUGGAUUUGUAUGAGACAAACUUUGAUACCAAGUGGUUGGAAUGGGCAGAACAGCUUCAGGAGAAACAGAACUCAUUAUUCUGGGACAGUGAGGAUGGAGCCUACUUUAACAGUUCUCGGGCAGACAAAUCCAUUGUACUACGACUAAAGGAUGACCAAGAUGGAGCAGAACCUUCCUCAAACUCUGUGGCGGCCAACAACUUGCUGCGUCUGUCCAGCAUCCUACAGAGAGCUGACUACAAAGGUAUGGCCAUGAGAAUCUUCAGAGUGUUCCAUCAACGGCUCACCAACAUCCCUAUCGCUGUCCCUGAAAUGACCUCUGGUCUGUUUUGGAUGACUGGUACCACUAAACAGAUAGUGUUAGUUGGCGAUCCGUCCUCUCCAGACAUGGCAGACCUUGUCCGAUGUGUGAACUCCCACUUCCUCCCUAACAAGGUGAUCCUGCUGGUGCCUACUGGAGGAGACAGUUUCCUAUCCAAACGCUGUGAAUUUGUUCAUGGUUUGCCUCAGGUCCAAGGCAAAGCUACAGCUUAUGUGUGUGAAAAUUACACCUGCUCCUUGCCAGUCAUAACUGCAGACUCGCUACACACCAUUCUUGACACCAAGUCAGCACUGUAACUGCAGACUCGCUAUACACCAUUCUCGUCACCAAGUCUAUGCUGUAACUGCAGACUCGCUACACACCAUGCUUGACACCAAGUCAGCACCGUAACUGCAGACUCGCUACACACCAUUCUUGACACCAAGUCAGCGCUGUAACUGCAGACUCGCUAUACACCAUGCUCGUCACCAAGUCAACACUGUAACUGCUGACUCGUCACCAAGUCCACACUGUAACUGCGGACUCGUCAUCAAGUCAACACUGUAACUGCUGACUCGUCACCAAGUCAACACUGUAACUGCUGACUCGUCACCAAGUCAGCGCUGUAACUGCAGACUCGCUACACACCAUUCUCGACACUAACUCAUGUUAGUAUCUAAAAAGUGGUACACGUCUACUACUGAUGAAAUACUGUGAGGACAGUAUCACAUUAUCAGUAACGCCUUGGGCAUUUCUGAUUGUGCUUUUAUGUGGAUUAUUUACUAAUCAUGGAAAGUGCUCAUCACAAAUCUACAAAUGCUGCGAUACAAUGCUUUAUUUCCGUAGAAAGAAGUGAUUUUAAUUGUAUUUUUUUUUCUAUAAUACAACAUUUAAAUUUUUAAAACAUUGUUAAAUUCAAUGCUUUAAAUAAUGAUGGUUAUCCCGGAAAGUGGAAAUAAAGUGCUUAAUGUUAAAAUAAAAUUUCAUGUGCAUUUACAUGUAGUAUUGGUGAAAUAAGUGACCUAAAAAUGGUAGUAUAAAUCAGUAUUUGUAUAUUUUUUAACUGAGUGGAUUUUCAAUGCGUCAUCUUCUAUAUCUAAUGUGACUAAAAUGACAUAGAUUGUACUUGGUAAUACAUCUAUGUUGGUGUGGAAGAUAACGUUGCUGUCAAAGUUGUCUGCCUCUAAUUAGUCUCUCAUUGGCUUUGUGGCCCAGUUGUCUGCUCCUAAUCAGUCUCUCAUUGUGGCCCAAUGGACCUGUAUCUCUUACAUGUGAAUCAAUGAUGAUGGCACACAACUUACACAUCAUCGACUUUUGAAAUGUGUCUACUUCCAAGAGGGGUUGGUGUGGGCGGUCAACCAGGUGUUAGACAGUCUUUAAAAGGUGAGGUUGACCUUGGAACUUUUACCUUAAUGAAAGUAGAAAACGAUUUGAAUGGACAAAUACAUGAAUUGUAGAGUGAAAUUGUGUUGAAAGACAGCCCCUGCCCCAAGAAGGUAAUGCUAAGGGUAUUGAUACCAAGGCCCCAACCCUGGUAAUACCCGAUUUCCAAGCUGGGGAAUAAACAUUUCAAACCAAGAGAUCCCAGAAGGAUCUUGGGCCCACCAUUGUACCAUCUUCAUUAGUUCAGUGUCAGUUCAAUCUUUUCUCUUCUUAUCCUGUUUGAUCAAGACAUGGAAACAGUAAAUGCACCUUGAGGUAACUCAUACCGCUGUGUAUAAAAGACAACCUUCAAAGUGAGUUUGUCUUUUCACAUAUUUACUAGUACAGUACUUACUGUUAGAGAUAGCACCAAUCAGUGCAAUAUGAGAAAGAUCUGUUCAGUUCUUCCUUCUGCCAUCUUGUUUUUAUGAUCACUCUUUAAAUAACACAUGCACAACUAAGGACCAAGAAGAACCUACAUAUCAAAUUCGAGAAAGAUCCCUCAAGUCGUUUCUGAGAAUUAACAACUUUAUCUUUCAAAAUCCUUGAUGGCCAUCUGUUGGCCAUUUUGUUUAUCCAAUCAGUCUUAAAGGUAAACAUGAACAACUACAGACCAAGGGGAACCUAAAUAUCAAAUUUGAGAAAGAUUCUUCCAGUCAUUUCUGAGUAAUAGCGCUUUAAAACUUGAACUGUAAAAUUCAAGAUGGUGCCUAUCGGCCAUCUUGAUUUUAAGAUCAGUCCAAAUAUAAGUUAUGUAUAACUGAGGACCAUGGGGAACCUUCGUGUCAAAUAUGACAAAGAUCCCUCCAGUCCUUUCUGUGAAAUAGCACUAACAAAUUUUAACUCUUUAAAAUUCAAGAUAGCUGGCUGUCGGCCAUCUUGGUUUUGUGAUCAGUCCCAAAAAACGAUAUGCAUAACUAGGGAUCAUGUGAAAUUACAGAAAGAUCCCUCCAGUACUUUCUGAUUAAUAGCGUUAACAAGAAUUGUUUAAAGGACGGACGCACGACAGACCAUGGACGUAGGGUGAUUUGAUGAUGGUGGGCUAAAAAGAUAGAUUUCUUGUAUCCAUCUUUUUUCUUGCAAUCAAACCCACAAUGAAAUAUACCACACUAGUGAACUGAAAAAACAUACUUACAUGUAAUUUGAGAAAAUCUGUACUUCUGAAAAUCUGUGGUAACAAACUUCAGUGGUCAAAUUUCAGAUGUUGAUCUGGUGACCAUCUUUUUUUGAUAAAGUUAAAAUUGAAACAUGCACAACCGAGAGAAACCUUCAUUAAAAUUCCCUCCUGUAGUACCAAAGUACAAGGUGGUUGUGUGACAGUCAUCCUAUUCAUGCAUCAUGAAAGACCAAGAGAAACAAACCUGGGCCUGUGAACACUGAGAAUUUUGUAUAGUUUGUAAAGUCUGAUAAAGAUAUCUCCAGUUAUUCUUUGAAAAACGUGAUAAUGAAAUUUAACAACCAAAAUCAAGAUGGCCCCUAUAUAUAGCCUAUCAGUCAUUUUAAUUUUCAGAUCAGUCUCAAUAAAAGCAAAGUGAAUAGAGGCUUACAAAGAUAAACCCCCAUCCCCCACAAGUGGUCAAGUGUGAUAUUUCCCUGUGAUCUUUGACCCUUUAACCUUGACCAAUGACCACCAAAACCUAAAUAAGGUGUAGAACUCAAUACCAUAUUAUGGUAUAAAUAUGAAUUAAGGUAACAGGAUUGUGUCACCAUUUCUCAGUAGAAUUUCUUCAAAUUUUGUAGUUAU